AUGAUUCAUGGAGAAAAUUGUCAUCAAGGUUUAAAUUAUUGUGGUUACAAAUUGAUGAAUAUGGGUCCAUAUGGUUCUAAAAUUGCAGAAGCAACUGUAGGUCAACCAAAUAAAGAUCAUUUCAAUAAGCUUUUCUUAUGCAAAGAUGGACAAACUGGUGAUAUAGUCUUCGUUAAAAAUUGUGAUGCAUGUGUUAGUAAUCGUCUAGUGAAACGAUGGACUCAAUACAGUCGAAAGGGGCUUGAUGCUGAUAUACUUCGUUUUUCUACCCUUCAUAGUUGGUAUAAACAUUUGGAAUUCGAAAACGGUGGUUCACUUUACUUUAUUUGGCCUCAAAAAGGUCAACAGCUCCGAUAUAGUUUUGACCCGUGUGUCACUGACGAUAUCGGUUUGCAUUGGCAUUUUAUUAGUAACAGGAACAUUGAAAUAAUUAAUGACGAAAAAGUACGUGAAAUCAUUACACGCCAUCCAUUUCGACUCAAUCCAUUUUUUUACCAUGAUGAAACACGAUACUCAGCAUCUGAUAAUGAAUCGUCAAUCAUUCGUGCGUUUUAUGGUAGCGAUAUAAUUCUCUCAAGAUAUCGUUCGAGUUUAAAGCCAUGGUUAGAAAACAAUUAUCCAGAUUUCGUCGAGAAGAUUUUCAAUAGCAAAGAUUCGAAUAACAUAUAUACUAAUGCUUAUGACGAGAAAUUGGUACCCAUAUUCGAUGGUGAAUGGUCGAAGGCAAUGAAUUCUAUUCGUGAAGCAGCCAAACGAGUGUGA